UUUAAAUCUUGAUAGCAACUGCAGCUUCAUCCCCAUCAUGGAUCAUCAAUUUCCUUCUUUUCCAGUUCUCUUGAGCUUUCUUGUUUUCAUAUUUAUGCCGCUGAGAAUAUGGAGUAAAUCAGAGGACAAGAAGUCAAAUUCAGUCGCACCACCAGGUUCAUGGAAGCUACCCCUUAUAGGAAACUUGCACCAAAUGAUUGGCUGUCUGCCCCAUCGCCGCCUACGAGAUUUAGCCACAAAAUACGGACCUAUUAUGCAUCUUCAGGUAGGUGAAGUCUCCACUGUUAUCUUUUCUUCGCCAGAAGUUGCCAAAGAAGUAAUGAAAACAAAUGACAUUAAGUUUGCCACAAGACCUUAUAGCCUUGCCGUAGAUAUCAUAUACUAUAACAUUAAAAAUAUUGGAUUUGCGCCAUAUGGAGAAUACUGGAGACAGAUACGUAAACUCUGCAUAGUGGAGGUCUUCAGUGGUAGAAGGGUUCAAGCGGCACGACCAAUAAGAGAAGAAGUGGUACUAGAGUUCAUUAAAUCCAUUUCUCUUAAGGCGAGAUCAAAAAUAAACCUCAGCGAGAUGUUAACUUGGUUAACAUUUGCAAUCACAGUGAAGGCAGCAUUUGGUGGGGUUAGUGAAAGGCAUCAAUCAUUUGUUCCACUUACAAGAAAAAUAAUGGAGGUAGCCAAUCUGUUCCCAUCCAUGAAAUUCUUUCAUACGAUCAAUGGGAUGAGGACUCGACUUGAGAGGGUGCUUCGUGAAAUUGAUCAGAUAUUUGAAAGCCUAAUUAAUGAACAUAAAUUUAACAGGUCAAGAAUCGAUUCUAGUGAUGCCGAUAAUUUCUUAGACAUUCUCUUGAAUCUUCAGGAACACGGAGACUUCUCCUUUACAACAUACAACAUCAAAGCGGUUGUGCUAAUCCAACAAACUACCAUUGUUUUUAGCGAGUCUUGUUAA